GAAGCAGGGAGCCGCCGCCGCCGCCGCGCCGAGCCGAGCCCCGGGGCCGCGGCGCGCAUUGCGGAGGGCCCGGGACGCAGCGGCUGCGCCUGCCGCGGGAGCCUGCCUGCCUGCGGAUCCGCAGGGCUACACGCGUCGUGUCCCGGGAGCGCCUCCUUUCUUUCUGCGGCCGCUACAGGCUCGGUAAGCCUUUAUUCCCCUCCGGCCGGCAGGCUGGGCGCGCGGGGGUGCUGGCCCCUGCCGGGCGCGCGGUGGCACCAUGGGCACGGUACUGUCCCUGUCCCCCAGCUAUCGGAAGGCCACACUGUUUGAGGAUGGCACGGCCACCGUGGGCCACUACACGGCCGUGCAGAACAGCAAGAACGCCAAGGACAAGAACCUGAAGCGGCACUCCAUCAUUUCGGUGCUGCCUUGGAAGAGGAUCGUGGCGGUGUCAGCGAAGAAGAAGAACUCCAAGAAGGCGCAGCCCAACAGCAGCUACCAGAGCAACAUCGCGCAUCUCAACAAUGAGAACCUGAAGAAGUCGCUGUCGUGUGCCAACCUGUCCACAUUCGCCCAGCCCCCGCCGGCCCAGCCGCCCGCACCCCCAGCCAGCCAGCUUUCUGGCUCCCAGACUGGGGUCUCCUCUUCUGUUAAGAAGGCCCCGCACCCUGCCAUCACCUCUGCAGGGACACCCAAACGGGUCAUCGUCCAGGCGUCCACUAGUGAGCUGCUCCGCUGCCUGGGUGAGUUUCUCUGCCGCCGGUGCUACCGCCUGAAGCACUUGUCCCCAACGGACCCCGUGCUCUGGCUGCGCAGCGUGGACCGCUCCCUGCUUCUGCAGGGCUGGCAGGACCAGGGUUUCAUCACACCGGCCAAUGUGGUCUUCCUCUACAUGCUCUGCAGGGAUGUUAUCUCCUCUGAGGUGGGCUCGGACCACGAGCUCCAGGCUGUCCUGCUGACCUGUCUGUACCUCUCCUAUUCCUACAUGGGCAACGAAAUCUCCUACCCGCUCAAGCCCUUCCUGGUGGAGAGCUGCAAGGAAGCUUUUUGGGACCGCUGCCUCUCAGUUAUCAACCUCAUGAGCUCCAAGAUGCUGCAGAUCAAUGCUGACCCACACUAUUUUACACAAGUGUUCUCUGACUUGAAGAAUGAGAGCAGUCAGGAGGACAAGAAGCGACUCCUCCUGGGGCUGGAUCGGUGAGCCCCUGUAGCCGGUAUCCUGGCUCAAGGAUUCCACUCGUUUUUAAAUUUUAUUACUAAAAGAAUCAAGUUUUGUGUACAGUAUGUGUCUAGCAAAGCCACCAAGGGCCUCUUCCCAUGUUCUUUCCUUGGGGUUUUUUUUAGCCCUUUCAAGAACUCUGGGGACUUUCGAACUGAUGAACCUUGUGCGAACCCAGAAGAUGCAUUCAGAGCCACUUCGGCUGCUGACCACUCACUUUCCGGGACUCAAGGGACUGACUUGCCUAUGUCACCUGUACCUGUGAUGGAUCCAGGGUAGACGAGGCUUCCCAUGAUCGGAGCUGGGCCCCGUGGCUGGUGGCCCAGGAGGAAUCGGCCGCCCUUUUCUGGGUAUUGUUUCUCUCGAAGGCUCCUGGAGCCCACUGUCCUGAUUCAGGAUCCAGGAGGUUGUGAGGCAAGAUCUGCACUGCCCUGGGGCAUCAGUACAGGAGCCUGCAGAGAGGACUGUUGACCUAGCAGGGCCCUGGUUUGCUGCGUGCUUUUUAGGGAGAAGGGUUUUCCCUUCCUGGCAGGUCGGAGCUCCCCUCCCGUCCUUUUGUCUCUGCUCCCACGUUAGUGCUGGCUAAUGAGGUGGUUCGUUCAUUAGAUUCCUCUCCCAUUUUGGGUCCCAGCUAAGGGAUGAGGUGAAGCUAGGGGCAGCGCCUUCCCUGAGCGAGCUUUUCAUUUGAACAACACAGUUCAGUCACCCUGUGUAAAAAGCUAGGACCGCGCCAGGGAGCCACUGGCAACAUUGCCUUCUGGGCAGGUGGGUGUCUAUGCCUGAGAUCAAGUUGGUACCCACUUAUAUGCGAAGGCCUCUUGCUGGUGCAUGUGAUAUUUGCUCUACAUCUCUGGGGGAAGGUGAGAUCAGUCAGUAAGGGUGAUAAGGUGUUGCUGUCUCCCACCCCUGCCCCCCCCCCCCCAUUAAUUUUAAGCUGUUUCCAGGCAGUUCGGUCUCUCCUGGAGAGGCUUUGCUCUGUGCAACCUACUGAGACAGAUGCAUUUGGGGACAAUUACAAGAUGGGAGUGUGACCCCUGAUCAGUUUGGAAGCUUGGUGACUGUGCAGCUGAGCACUUCCAGCUGCAGGGUGUGGUGCCCACCUAUCCCUGUCAGUGACAUAACACACUCUGGACUUUAAGGGUUUUUCUUUCUAAUUUUCCCAGACUGGUGGCUUGGGGUUUGGAAGCUGUCCAAGAGAAGGGAGCUAGUCUUCUUGCAUGGCCCUCACUCCAGCUUUGGGGAACAAAGAGCAAUGUGAAGACACUGUGGGAGGAUUUCCUCUUCCUCUCCUGCUGCCCCUGUGGGGAGGGGGCUGGGGCCUACAGUGGGGAGGCAGAGGUCAUCUUGUAUAGGAUUAGGUUCUAGGUGACCGCCAACUUCUUGCACAAGCACUAGAAAAAUUGCAUAUAAAGAGAAAGCUGUGAAAUUGAGGUCUCAAUCGAAGAGGCCCAAAGCGAGCCUUUCAGCCCAGGACGGUACUCACAGAGGUGGGGGAGAGGACCUGAUGGACUAGAGAGCCUUUCCCCAGCCCCUCAUCCGGGUCCCUCGAGAGCCGAUCCUGGGCCCUCAGAUGGUCUGACACCGAGCUGGAAAGCCCUGCAAGGCUCGCUGAGUGCAGGCCUCGCUGCAGCCCAUCCUCAGAUCCUGCUGCCACGGUUGGUGACCGCGCCUGGAGCCCCAUGGGGCGGGCAGUUGGGAGAAGAGCUUCAGGUGUCCAGUUGGAGCAGGACGGGGCUCAUCUUCAUAGCCUGCCAGCCGCUGUCGCUGGCCCGGAGCCGUUUCACCGAGCUGCGGUAACAGGAUUCCAGCUCUGCCGACUGUUUCCUUCUCUUUGUACUUAAUUUAAAAAAAAAAACAAAAACUUUUUUUUUUUUUUUUUUUUUUUUUUUUUUUGAGAAGGUGCAUAUUUCAGAAGUGGUCGGCAACUGAGGAAAGAGCUCCUUAGUUCCAUUGUGAAGCCCGUGUCCUCUCGGCUUGCACUGGCUCUCAGUACUGUGUAAAGGAACGACCGAUAGACUUAAGUGUUCGAGCAAAGAGCCAAUCUUGACACGCUGCUAUGAAGACACUUUUAGAACAAACACACACAAGAUAGAAAAGAAAAAAAAAAAAAAGAAAAAUGUGAAAAAAAAAUCUACAAAAACCCCUUUAUUCUUGUUGCUUUUACAGUGGUACCGUGCAUGCGAACCAGGAGAAUUUUGUGUCUUAAGAAAAAUAACCUUAGAGCAGAUGGCCGGCCGUGGGAAUCACAAGUGCCGAGAAGGAGCCACGGGAGGAGCAUAGUUCAGGAUUGGGUUUUUCUCUUUUCCUUACAACCGUGAAGGGUUGAUGUAUUCUUUCCAUGCAGUUAUUAGAAUUUAGUUUUGUUCCAACAGUGUUAAACUUGCAAUGAGAAGAAGAUGUGCCAUCCCCUGCCCAGAAUUAUCCAUAGCUGUACAUCCGAUACUGCUGAUUACACACACGUGAUGUUUUUGGGUUUGGUUUUUUUUGUUUUUUAUUUUUUUUUAAUUUGUUUAUUUUUUGGUGAAAUAUUUUCUGUAACUAUUCUUUGACCAAACUGUGGAUACUGUUAAUAUUAAUUUAUAUUUGUCUCUUUUUGUAUGUAUGUAUGGCGUGUUUGUGAGUAUGUAUGGUUUAUAAUCUGACGAGUCACGAAGCUCAGUUUGGCUGUAAUUUAAUUCCCCUUCCCUUAUUUUUAUUUAUUUUUGUACUGUGCUGAUUCAAUAAAAUGCACUGACCAUCCAUCA